CCCCCCGCAGCCAUGUCGUCGCCGUCGGCGGCGCGCAGACGCCCGGCGGCCGGGGCCGAGGGGGGAGCCCCCGCGGGAGCCCCCGCGCCCGGCGAUGCGGAGCGGGGGAUGGCGGCGCCGGGCUUCACGCUCUGCCUCAAGCUGCUGGCGGCGGCCUUCUACGGGCUCAGCUCCUUCCUCAUCGUCGUCGUCAACAAGAGCGUCCUCACCACCUACGGGUUCCCCUCCUCGCUGUGCGUGGGGCUGGGCCAGAUGCUGGCGACGGUGGCGGUGCUCUGGGCGGGCAAGGCGCUGCGGGUGCUCAAGUUCCCCGACCUCGACAGACACGUCCCCCGGAGGACGUUUCCUCUACCUCUUCUGUAUUUCGGGAACCAAAUCACAGGACUGUUCAGCACCAAGAAACUGAACCUGCCGAUGUUCACCGUCCUGCGAAGGUUUUCCAUCCUGUUUACAAUGUUUGCCGAAGGAUUCUUACUCAAGAAGAAGUUUUCUUGGAGUGUCCAGAUGACAGUAUUUGCUAUGAUCAUCGGUGCGUUCGUAGCUGCUAGUGCUGACUUGGCAUUCGAUCUGGAAGGAUAUAUUUUUAUCCUUAUUAACGAUGCCUUAACAGCUGCAAACGGUGCCUAUGUGAAACAGAAGCUGGAUUCAAAGGAGCUGGGAAAAUACGGUCUGCUAUAUUACAAUGCACUGUUUAUGAUCCUUCCCACCUUGACCAUUGCCUACUUCACCGGAGAUGCGCAGAAGGCAAUGGAGUACCAGGGCUGGGCAGACACGCUCUUCGUCGUGCAGUUUACGCUGUCGUGUGUAAUGGGGUUUAUUUUGAUGUACUCCACGGUUCUUUGCACUCAGUAUAAUUCUGCUCUUACAACUACAAUAGUUGGCUGCAUUAAGAAUAUUUUAAUAACCUAUAUUGGGAUGUUUUUUGGAGGAGACUAUAUUUUUACAUGGACGAACUUCAUUGGUUUAAAUAUCAGUAUUGCUGGAAGCCUGGUGUAUUCCUACAUCACUUUUACGGAGGAGCAAAUGAGCAAGCAGUCUGAAGCUGGCAUCAAGAUGGAUAUUAAAGGAAAAAGCUCUGUGUGACCGGGGAGAGGCUUUUUUUGGAAGCAACCUAUUUCUGUUCAGCUGAUCACGGGCAGAAUGCGGGAAGGAAUCCGGGGCGUCUGCCAUGGAGUAACGGUGAUGCUCUUAAUUUGCACAACCUAGAUUGCUGCCUUUACAAAUUAUUGGGAAGGUAACUGACUGCACGGUGAAGAAUACAUCUAAUUAAGUCUGAUCGUGAGGAAUUAAUGGGUUUCUAAUCACGCUGAGAUUUGGCAGUAGAGAUUGGCACAGGCAGCGUACACGUUUGAAUCGUGGAGGACUGUGCCAGCUCGGAGGGCCGUACCCCGAGCAUCCUUGGCUGCGUCUCGUCUCGGCGCAGCCGGGGAUGGGUGCUGGGGCUGGCUCUGCUCCGUGCCUCCCCCAGCCCGGUCCCUCCGGUGCGACCGUGGUACCCGGCACGGAUCCGGCCCCAAGGGGCAGGCGAACCCCUCCUCUCCCCAGGGGAGAGGAGCUGCGGCGUCGCAGCCCAUGCGAGGCGAGCGCUGGUGUCCCCCCAGCAAAGCCGCUUUGGCAGGAUGCUCCUGGUCUGGGCCAAAACCUCUGUUGAAUGCUCAGUGCUCUCUGAACUCACGCUUGUUAAUUGGGUUUUGGUUUUUUUUUUUUGUUCUGUUUGUUAACCCACUUUUAAAGCUGGGUUUACCUGCCUUGGUUUCUAAGAGCGCUGCAAACAUUCAUCCCUCUCCUUCCCACCCAAGGUUGCUUUUACGAGGCUCAGGGACGUUCCCAACAUGAAGGUUUUACCUGCCACCGGUGAGCUCGGCAGGGCCAGCAGCAUCCUUCAGACCACCCCAGGGUCAGAAACCUUUGGAUUUGGAAAAGCUGCUGGCCAUGCCAGGGCUGGCCCUGGUGCAGGGACCCUCGCAGGGCACUUUGGAUCCAACGGGGAGUAGCUGCAGGGUGCGCAGGAGAGCUGACAUUGUCCCACCUGGCACGCAGAGCCUCCUCUCUCAAUCCAGAAAAUCCGCUGCAAAGGCUGCGGCUCCUGCCCCUGCAACCCCCUUCCCACCCAUCAGCACCCUGCACGUGCCUGGGAGAGGCGCAGGGACUCGAAUCAUGGGUUUUGGGCAAGUGGAUGGGAAACUCGGGGGGCUGGCGGCUCUGCGGGUGCUCCUGCUUGUCCCUGCGAGCACGCAUGGCGUGUGCCCAUGCUGCAGCACCAGCACUUCGGCUCUGGCCAAGCCCUGUCCCGCAGUUUUUUUGAUGUAGUAAUCCUUUGGUUUGUGACCCGUUAAAAGAAUGGGAUUUUUAAUAUGUCGGGCAGUGUUAACUGAUUUUUUUUUUUUUUUUUUUUUUUAAAGGUUGUCUUAACACAGCACUUCUUUCUAGGUCUUUUUUGGAUUGUCUUUUGUUUUAAAAAGAAUUGUUUAUAAUCUUGGUUAAAAAAAAAUUUGGUAAAACUGUAUGAGGUUUUUUUGUAUACAUUCCUUUGGUAACCAGGAAAAUAGCUUCUAUAGACAAUGUAAUUUGUUUCUGGAAGAUAGUUGCUGAAAAUGUAACUGCUGUUUGGCGAAGCUGCGUUUAUUGGAAUGCUUAACAUUGAAGUUUUUAUAUGUGACCGAGAAUUUCUCUGAACAGUGCUGGUAAAGAUGCAGAGCGAGUCUGCCAGCCCCUGCGCUACUGCCUGCUCCAAAAUCCCAUCCCUGGAGUUGUUCUGGCCAGGUGUGCCAGAGCUGGCAUCUUCCCUUCUCUCCCUUUCGGGGUCAGUGGGAUGCAGAAUGUGCGUAGCGGGGGAUUGGUGUGGUUACUGUAUUUGUAAGGCGUGUGGCAGCACAGAGGGCUGAGUCGGUGCGUCCCCGAGCGAGAAGCAGCCCUUCAGUGGGGCUCCCUGCCUUGUAGUGCGGAAUUGGAGAAAAAAAAAAAAAAAAAAAAAUUCCCCAGUCAUUCUUAUUGCUUCCUCCAUUUCUAAGACCUCAGACUUGCAGUUGGCUGCAGAGCUCUUCUUUUUAUAAGGAAAGAUAAAUGCUUCCUGCUGUGCAGAAGACCCAGAGCUACUCACACAUCAGCUCCAGGUGGGGUUACUGGUCCCUGCACUGGUUCCCAGCAGCGGGGUGGUGCUGGGGCUGGCAGACCCCUGUCCUGGUGCCCCGGUCCCUGCAGCCCCUUCCAGUGUGUGAUUUCACGGGUGCUGUACUGCACCAAACCCCUGUCCUUCAGCCAGGCCUGUGCAUUCCUCUCGCUUGCUUCAACAGAAAUAUUUGCCAAUCACUUUUUGCCACGUUUGCUUGUAACUUCGCUGUGCUGAGGCGUUUGCAGUCGGGAUGUCAAUUCUGUCGAAGGUUUUGAUUUUUAUUUUUUGAAUCUACUGGUUAGAUUUCUUGUCCAAACGGUAAAAUGUUUUUAAAGCUUAUUUUGUUUGUAACUGGGCACACUUCAGUGCCAGGGUCUGGAUGGUAUUGUAUACACUGGGAAAGCGAACAGAGUUCCUACGACAGUAUUUUCUAUGCUAUUAAUAGACUAAAAGUUUUUCUAUAUAGAAUCUAUUUACAAAAUGACCGUUUUAGUGAUUAAAAGAGUGACCUUUUUAUUUGAAUGUAUGACAGGCUUUAUAUGUCAGUCAGUGGAUGACAGCAAAAAGAAUUUUAUGAUGUGCCUAUGUAUUUUUGUACUGGCUUCAAAUAAACCGAUGACCUUCCCUCCUA